GAAGAGGUCUUUCAUUCAUCUUUGGUAAGAAGAGUCAUAGUGAAGCAUUGUGUUCUUGAGGUGGUCCUAAGGAUAUGUCUCGUUCAUCAACCUCUUGUAAAUGUUUGGGUUCGUCCAUGCAACACAGUACUGGCAGUGUGAAGAGAUUGGGUGNAAAGCCAACAUGCUUCUGUGGUCAAAAUGCAGUGUUUCGAAUUGCCCGAACACCUAAGAACAAGGGGAAAAAAUUUUGGGGGUGUCCUAACUUCAAGGGUGGGAAUGACGAAUUGGUUGGGUGCAACUUCUUUGAGUGGUGCUUGGAGGAAGGAAAUNAAGGAGUGGUAGGAGAAAGGAGUGGUAGUGCACAAGCUGAAGAAGUGGGUUUNAUGAGUAUGGAAGAAAGUUAUCUUGAAAAGAUGAGAAUGGCUUCAAUUGAGAAGACCUUAGUUAGGUUGGAAAAGGGGUUUAAAAUCGUAUUGGGGAUGAUGAUUGUGAACUUUAUUUUCAAUUUAAUUUUAGUGGCACUGUUGNUGAAAGUUGGGUGAAAGUUGUAUUAGUGGGGAUGUUUGUAUUUCAGUGGCUUUGUGAUUGGUUACGUUGUAUCCUUGAUGGCUGAUAUAAGAAAUAAAGUGGUGAUUUGAAUGGCCAAUUUGCA